AUGAGUGAAAGUGAUGAAUCAGGUUUAUUACACGAAAAGUUUUCGCGUUUUGCAUUAAAUUCAGACGAUUUAAUUGUUCCUAACGAUGCGGGAUAUGGUAGAAUACUUCCCAAGGACGGUCAAAGACAUUCUUUAUCAAGUCAUUCUGUAGUUCUUUCCAAUUAUUCACAAUAUGAAGAUACCGAUAAAUCAAUCACAAGGUCUUUGCCUGGUAGUAAUUUAUCAUCGCCAGGGCGGGGAAGUUUUGGUAAACCUUAUAGACCUGUUGGUGCUAUAGAAAGCUUUCUCGUCGAGCCAUCUCAUCAAUCUCUACCAGUUAAAAACGUACCACCAGAUUAUAAAAUUUAUGAAAGAGGUCAUAUAAUUGCUGCAAAUAGAUAUGCAGCUCCUAGACCAGUAGAACAGAUUAUUUGUAAUCCGAAUGAAAACGAUAUUCAUAAACUCAAUGGGGAAAAAUAUUAUUCGCAAGUUUCAUAUGCUACAAAUAGUCCUAAACAUGAAUCAGAUUUAAAGAGACAAAGUAGUAGUGAUAAAUAUUCUUCUAGUUCUUACAUAAAACAAAGUCCAACUCACAGUUCGAGUGGGAAAAGUACAACAUCACAUUCGAUUCCAUCACAAUGUUUAGCAUUAGACAAUCCAGGUGUUCUCAAACCGAUUUCGAGUGGACUUCCGAUAAAUUCAACUUAUUCCGAAAACGAAGAGGAUGACGAUGAUGUCAAUGCCAAGCUUAAAGUUUACGAUGGAAAUAUGUACAGUGGAAAAAAUUUAUUACCUUAUUAUGUGACACCACCUCGACAGACUGGUCCGACAGAAGCGGAAAGAAAAAUUGAAGAAUUAACAAGGCAGUUGGAAGAAGAAAUGGAGAAACAAGAAGAAGAAGGAGAAUAUUUUGGCAUUUGUCACACGUGCGGUGAAAAAGUCACAGGAGCCGGUCAAGCGUGUCAAGCCAUGGGAAAUCUUUACCACACAAAUUGUUUCAUUUGUUGUUCCUGCGGGAGAGCAUUGAGAGGGAAAGCUUUUUACAACGUUCACGGUCGGGUUUACUGCGAGGAAGAUUAUCUGUAUUCCGGAUUUCAACAGACGGCAGAGAAAUGCGCCAUUUGCGGUCAUUUGAUCAUGGAAAUGAUAUUGCAAGCAAUGGGAAAGAGUUACCAUCCUGGUUGUUUCAGGUGUUGCGUUUGCAACGAUUGCCUCGACGGAGUCCCAUUCACGGUCGACGUGGAUAACAAGAUAUAUUGCGUCAACGAUUACCACAGGAUGUUUGCUCCGAAAUGUGCAGCUUGCGGAAAAGGAAUAACUCCAGUCGAGGGAACAGAAGAAACUGUGAGAGUGGUUUCAAUGGACAAAGACUUUCACGUGGAUUGUUACAUAUGCGAGGACUGCGGCAUGCAACUGACGGACGAGCCGGAUAAGAGGUGUUACCCCCUGGAAGGAAGACUCUUGUGCAGAUCCUGUCACAUCGUGAGAAUAAGCGGAGACCCGAGGCAACAGAUUCAGGGAGUGUCGGCGAGUUACCAGUACAUGGGACACUGA